GUCUCCCUCUCCUCCCCCCCUCCAGCCCGUGCCCGGGACGGGGCCAUGGAGCGCUACGACCGCCUGGGCAAGAUCGGCGAGGGCGCGUACGGCGAGGUGUUCAAGUGCCGGGACCGGGUGAGCGGGCAGGCGGUCGCCGUCAAACGCUUCGUGGAGUCGGAGGAAGAUCCGGUGAUCAGGAAGAUCGCGAUGAGGGAGAUCCGCAUGUUGAAGCAACUGAAACACAACAACCUGGUCAACUUGAUCGAAGUGUUCAGGAGGAAACGAAGACUUCAUUUAGUAUUUGAAUAUUGUGACCACACUGUGCUCGACGAGCUCAACCGGUACCCUAAAGGGGUCCCUGAUCGGCUGGUGAAGAGGAUCACAUGGCAGACACUGCAGGCUGUCAACUUCUGCCAUAAACACAAUUGCAUACACAGAGAUGUCAAACCAGAAAAUAUCUUGAUCACUAAAGAUCGCGUCAUUAAGCUGUGUGAUUUUGGUUUUGCCAGGAUACUGACGGGCCCGGGGGAUUAUUACACGGACUAUGUGGCCACGCGGUGGUACCGUGCCCCCGAGCUACUGGUGGGGGACACUCAGUACGGGCCGCCGGUCGACAUCUGGGCCAUCGGAUGCCUCUUCGCAGAGCUCUUGUGUGGAGCUCCCCUCUGGCCAGGGAAGUCCGACGUCGACCAGCUCUACCUAAUACGCAAAACACUGGGUGAUUUGAUUCCACGACAUCAGCAAGUCUUCAGCUCCAACCAGUUCUUCAGUGGAGUGAGCAUACCCGUGCCAGAGAACUUGGAAACUUUGGAAAUGACGUUUGAAAAUAUUUCACAAAGUGCUCUUGGAUUAAUGAAGAGCUGUUUGUACAUGGAUCCCGCUGACCGACUGAACUGCGAGCAGUUGCUGGACCUCCCUUACUUCAACAGCUAUCGCAAGGAAAUGGAGACGGGCCGGCAGAGACCUACCAGGCGACGUGGGCGACCACAGCACAGAAAUGUGCCCUCGUUGCAGUGUUUGCCACAGCUUACUGGCAGCAAUAUCUCAACAUCCACAGAAACCAAGAACGACCUUAAGAAGAAGUAUAAUUACCAUUUCCCCAACAUUUGACCAAUGGCCCACAUAGGCAACCAAGGGACACAAGAACCUACCUGCACAAAUGGACAUUGAAAGGAAAUGUUAAAUCAUGGACAAGUAAGGGCUUGGAUUGGAUCCUUGCCCAACUGGGCAUUAAGUGUCUUUCAUUGUAGUUCAGCAUCUUGUUCUCCUUUUCCACUUGGAAAGGGGCAUACGUUUAUAAUUAAUGGCGAUGAAUAUGAACCAGGAAACACUUGGGCAGAAGUUUUGUUUAAAUGUGUACAAUGUUUGUAUAAACAGCACAAUAAUCUAUGCACAUCUUUGUUGCUUGCAAUAACCUGUUCCACUUCCUAAAGAACCUAGAUUGUACCGACGGCUAUGAAAAGUGACGUGCUUCCCGACAUCCCUCCAGAACAAAGGUUGACUGUGCAAUCAAGGACACUGCCAAUGCCUCCACCCCGCAUCUUUGGGAACUAUUCCUGGGGUUUUUUUUUCUGGAUUGAGGGGGAAUAGACCCUGUUCUCUAGGUUUCCUCUGCUGAGCAACAUUUCAGGAACGGGUGAAUCCACAAUCUUCCUACCGAAAAAAACUGAACCAAAACCAUGUGUUUUCAAUCCAAACCCGGCUUCCACAUUGAUUUCUUUCUGAAUUGUUUGGUUUGGGGCCCCUCAUUAGUUCCAGGUAUUGCAGUUUAUUCAUGGACCAACCACCUUGUUGUGGACUGGAAAUUUGAUCUUUUUGCCCUCUUGCUUGGCAUGACAAUAUCGUAGUUGUAAAAGCAAACCCCACCUGUGGAAUUAGGUUGUGCGUCAAUAUCCGAUUGUAGAUCUGACCAUCGUUGAUCACUUGAGUUGGGGUAUGUAUGGUUGUCCUCCUGAUGGCUCCUUUCUGUGGGUGUUGGGGUGGCAGAUGCUGAGACCAGGCUUUACUUCAGAGUGGACAUGGAUGAGUGGUACUGGUGGUGGGAUGGGGCUGGGCCUCCUCUCCUUGAGACUGUGGCUCCUUUGUGAGCAGUGAAUCUCCAUGUUGCCACGUGCUCCCAGAUGGUGGUCCUGAUGUGGCACUUGUUGAGGUUUGGGUCUGAUGUUAUCCUUCCAGUGCUUCUUCUGACUUGCAGGGCCUGAUGUCAUGGCAGUAGUUGGGAGUGCAGUGGUUUUGGGAGACGUUAGUUGGCAUUCUGACCAAAUGGCUGGUCCAUCUGAGCUGGUGUAUGUAGAUGGUGGAGGUAAUGUUAGCCAUUUCCAGCGCUUGUCUUCCAAGUUGAUCCAUAGGAUCUUCAGGGGGUAUCUCUGGCGUCAGGGCUCUGAGGUCUGCCACAGGUGGCCAAGUGUCAACUCCACAACGUAACUUGGUCCCCACUUAGAGGUCCGCGAUCUACAGACACUCUACCCUUCAGCCUGAUAAAAGCUCCCCUUGCACAGCAGGGUCAGUGAUGUGUUCCAUCGUCGGGAUCUGUACUAGAGGAGAGGUGGCAACCAGAGUAUGGGAAGUAUUCAUUUAACCACACACACCAUACAAGUGAGAAUGGUUGCCAUACAAAAUUCAGAGAAGGGUCUUGCUAUGUAUUGUAGGUAGACAAAAGUGCCGGAGAAACUUAGAUGGUGCAGCAGCAUCUAUGGAGCGAAGGAAAUAGGCAACGUUUCGGGCAGAAACCCUUCUUCAGGGCUAUGUAUUGUUAGAUGUCUGUGAACCUCCCAAUCGAUGUUAACAUGAAGACACAAGGAACUGCAGAUGUUGGUUUACAAAAAUAAAUGCAACGUGCUGGAGUAACUCAGCAUCUCUGUACAAAAUAAGACACAAAGUGGAUAUUUCGCUUGGGCAGCUUACAACCCAGUGGUAUGAAUAUUGAUUUCUCUAACUUCAAGUAAUCCUUGCAUCCCCUCUCUCUCCAUCCUUGCCCCACCCAAGUCGUACCAACUUCAAGUCGUCUUGUUGAGUCUCAUUGUAACUCGUUUUCACCUAGUCCCUAACUAACAAUGGCCUUAUAUCAUCGUUACUUUUUUGCAUAUCUUUCAUUCAUUUGUUCUAUAUCUCUCUAUAUCACUGUCUGUAUCUCGUUUCCCUUUCCCCUGACUCUCAGUCUGAAGAAGGGUCUCAUCACAUCGCCUUUUCCUUCUCUCCAGAGAUGCUGUCUGACCCGCUGAGUUACUCCAGCUUUUUGUGUCUGCCUGAAGUGAGAAUGGUUGCCAUACAAAAUUCAGAGAAGGAUGUUUUUAUACGUAUUAAUUAACAUUAACAUGAAGGCAUAAGGAACUGCAGAUGUUGGUUUACAACAUUGGAUGCAUAGUGCUGGAGUAACUCGCUAACUCUGUACAAAAUAAGGAGCAAAGUGCUGGAGAUUGAUGGAGCAAUUUGUCUGAACUUUGAUGGGAACUAAGAAUACAGUAUGUCUCAUGUAAAAACACAAAGUGCUGAAACAAAUGAAGGCCAUUGUCCUGAGAGGGGAACUGUUCUCUCUCUCUCUCCAUAGAUGCUGCCUGACCCAUUGAGUAUUUCCAGCAUUUUCUGUUUUUAUUUGACUUCCAGCAUCAGUAGCUUUUGGAUAUUCAGUUACAAUGUUUUAUCAGAUGUGAAUCAAGACAUUCGAAAACAAAAAUUGUAACGGGUAUAUACACACACAAAUCACAGUUUUUCCUCAGUACUGGCUUAAAGCAAGUUGCUGGGAGUGUGAGGGCAAGUACACUCCGUAAGAAUGGCAGACUUAAGAACAGUGCAUCUCAUGUUAAACUCCGUGUUAGCCCAUUACUGGAGGAAAUCUGCCCAUUUCUAGUCUGGCGUUUCUAUGCCUUCCAGACCACAGCACUUGGUUAAAUCUGUUCAUGGACUUUAUACCCUUGGAGCAUAGGAGGCUGAGGGCUGAUCUUGUAGAGGUGGAUAAAAUCAUGAGGAUUAGAAGGGGUGAAUACAGAGCUUUUUUCCCCCCAGAGUAGAGAAAUCAAGAACCAGAGAACAUAGCUUCAAGGUGAGAGGAGAAUGAUUUCAACAGAAACUUGGAGGGCAACCUUUUCCACAGAGAAGGUGGUGGGGAUAUUGAAUGAGCUACCAUAACUACCAUCACAACAUUUAAAAAGACAUUUGGACAGGGGACAUGGAUAGGAUUUAGUGGAAUAGGGACAAAAUGAGGGAAUAUGGGAAACCAUCUGCCUAUCAUAACCCUCCCCCGUCUGUAUUCAUUAUAACUGUAACCCACCACAUCUUGAGCUGCCCUUCCUCUCUUUUUGCUUUCUCUCCCCCCCCCCCCCCCCACCACACACACACUAUCAGUCUGAGGAAGGGUCCCAACCUGAAACAUGACUGUCCAUGUUUUCCAGAGAUGCUGCCUGACCCGCUGAGUUACUCCAGCACUUUUCUUUUGAGGCAAAAUGGGACAAUGUUAGAUGGGGCAUCUUGGGCAGGCAUGGAUGAAUUGGGCCGAAGGGCCUGUUUCCCUGCUGCAAGACUCCGUGACUCUUCACUGGCUGCUGGAAUGACCAAAAGAGCCACUCGUUUCAUAGGCAAUUAGGAACAAGCAACAAAUGUUGUGCUGGGCAGCAAAAUCCACAGAAUAUCAAUUAAAAAAAUGAUU